AGAAACUCUCUUUCUUCGGAAUCGGUGAGCUUCCCUUCCAAACCUGGAGGGGCCACCUGCCAAACCCUCGGGCAUGAAAAGGUUUGAGCGCAGGGCCCUGAAGGACCUCAGCAAUAAGCGGGCGCUGAGCUCCGGUGCCUCGGCUCCAUGGAAAGGAAAGAUGAGCGACUCCGGCGGAGAAAGCCCCUCGAUACAAAAAGCUCCGAAGGUCGGCGUCCACAUCGAGGAGGACCUUCGCCCGCCAAGCGACGCCCAAGCCAUGACCAGCAGACUGCAGUAUUCUCCAAAACCUUCUUCCAGGGUGAAGGUGUCCUUCUUCUCAGAUCCAUCAUCGGGAAGUGACGGCGAGGGGCCGGAAUCUGCCGGCGUCGUCUCCAACGCCACCAACAAAUAUUUCAGCACUCCGAUAAACACUAAAGGAAAGGCCAAGAAGAAACUCUCUCCGGUGAUGGAAAUGGAUAUGGAGUCCAAUGCCGUGAAAGGCCAAGCCUGUCCGAUGGAAGUAGCGCAAGGUUGUGACGCCGUGUUGGGUCAAAGUCCACCGAGGUCUCCUCUGUAUAGAAGUUCUUUUGCCGUGGAGUGCCAGAGAAUAGCAAAGCAGAUUAUGGGCUCAGAAAAGGAGGGUCGGAAGAGUCCCGGCAAGAGGAAAGCUGAGGAGCUGGACGUGUCCGCCAUCGAUGCCGAGCCUCCUCCCUAUGACAGCACGCCCUUUAAGUCCAUGCUGGCUUGGGAGGUUUCCGAAAUGAUUUCGUCGGUGGAGAACAGCCCUGUGAACGAUGGCACCUCGCUGUUUGGGGAGAGCCUGUUGGAUUUGGAAAGGACGGACAUGCAGCUUCAGGAAUUCAGCUUUUCUGAUUUUGGUAAUAAAAACGGCAAAGGACAACCGGCGAAUGACUCGCUUCUGGAAGGGAUUUCAGCUUUUUCUCCCGAAAAAGAUGGAGAAUGUUGUAUAAAAAGGCAGAAAUUGUCUCCACCAUCUUCUAAGGCCGAUGAGCUUCCCUGUGAAUCUAUAAAGGCCUCCAAGUCGGCUUCUGGGACCAUGAAUACCUCUCUAAUGGAGGAGCUUGUUGGGUCCAACCUAACCAGCAAUCUGGAAUAUGAUGGGGCUGAUGCUUCACAUGAGGGUAUCGCACUCCCGUGUGUCGGCACUACCCAGGAUAUCUGCAAGAUGGCAAAGGCCACACAUAAGAUCGAAUCGGCUCCUCGGGAGUUCCAGAUGUUGAACACAACGGAAGUGAUGGAAUCUCCCGGAACGGUCUGUGAUCUCACUCAAGAAAUUGCUUUGGUGACUAAAGACAAUGGCAGAGUACAUGCCGACCUUGAGAUAAAAGCCGCGUCGCAGACUUCCACCAACCGGACGCAGCACACCCUGUCUUUUCUUGGUGAGAUCGAUGAAGCAGUCAGCAACUCUUGGGUGUUGGAGGAAGAGCCACCAUCGUCUGUGGCUGGAGUGGAGAGCAUGGUGGCUUCCCUGAAUGAGGGGGAUUCUCUUGCCAAUAUUACCCAGGGGGUGGUGCCGCAGACUGUCAAUAUUACUCAGGAGAUGGGAUCAAGCCAUGAAGGUUGUGUCACCUAUAUCACUCAGGAGCUUGUGUCCAGCCAAGAAGGUUGUGUCACGAAUAUUGCUCAGGAGAUUGUAUCUAAACAAGAAACUUUUAUCAAUACCACUCAGGAGAUGGUGUCAAACCUAGAAGGUUGUAUCCCCAAUACCACCCAGGAGAUGGUAUCAAACCAAGGAGUUUGUGUUGCCAAUACCACUCGUGAGAUUGUCUCAAACCAAGAUACUUAUGUCCCCGAUACGACUCAGAAGAUGGUAUCUAACCCUAAUGUUUUCAUCCCAAAUACCUCUCCGGAGCUUGUAUCAAACAAAGAAGGUUGUGUCACCGUUGCCACUCAAGAAAUGGUAUCAAACCAUGAAGGUUGUAUCCCCAAUUCCACUCAGAAUUUGGUAUUGAACCAUGAAGGUUGUGUCACCAAUACUACCGAAGAUAUGGUAUCAAACCAUGAAGGUUGUGUCAUCAAUACUACCCAAGAUAUGGUAUCGAGCCAUGAAGGUUGUGUCACUGUUGCCACCCAAGAUAUGGUUUCAAACCAUGAAGGUUGUAUCCCCAAUUCCACUCCAAAUUUGGUAUUGAACCAUGAAGGUUGUGUCACCAAUACUACCGAAGAUAUGGUAUCAAACCAUGAAGGUUGUAUCUCCAAUUCCACUCGGGAAAUGGUAUUGAACCAUGAAGGUUGUGUCAUCAAUACUACCCAAGAUAUAGUAUUGAGCCAUGAAGGUUGUGUCACUGUUGCCACCCAAGAUAUGGUAUCAAACCAUGAAGGUUGUAUCCCCAAUUCCACUCAGAAUUUGGUAUUGAACCAUGAAGGUUGUGUCACCAAUACUACCAAAGAUAUGGUAUCAAACCAUGAAGAUUGUGUCACCAAUACUACCAAAGAUAUGGUAUCAAACCAUGAAGGUUGUAUCUCCAAUUCCACUCGGGAAAUGGUAUUGAACCAGGAAGGUUGUGUCAUCAAUACUACCCAAGAUAUGGUAUCAAGCCAUGAAGGUUGUGUCACUGUUGCCACCCAAGAUAUGGUUUUAAACCAUGAAGGUUGUAUCUCCAAUUCCACUCAGAAUUUGGUAUCAAACCAUGAAGGUUGUGUCACCAAUACCCAAAAGAUGGUCUCAAACCAUGAAGGUUGUAUCUACAAUUCCACUCAGCAUUUGGUAUUCACCCAAGAAAGUUGUGUCGCCAAUACGAACGUGAAACCAGAGCCUUCUCCAAUUAGCGCAGGUGAGAUUCUAUCCGUUCAUGAGUCCAGCAGGUCUGUGAACACCACACAAGCUAUCAGGCCAGCUCCUAAUGAUUCUGCAAAUGGAACGCACAAUAUUGUUAUGACGCAGGAUGAGGGAAAAGGCAAAGAAACUGGCAGCGCCACAGUAUAUGGAACAUCGGCUAAAGCCACUGCAGAUUCCAGCAAUCUGGCACGUAGGAUGGAAGUCUGUGAUGGUGCCACAGAAGACGUUGGCUUUUCACAGGGUGGCCAUGUUGCCCAAAAUCACAUUUUUGACAUUGAGUCCAAAGCCUCAUCACAGGGUAUGCCAGGUAUAGUGCUAAAGGACGUAUCUGGUAUAAGUGGAGUAUUCUCUACGAUGGGUAAUGGUGCUAGGAGUGCCAUGAACUCGGCAGAAGGGUUUAAAGACGACAACAACAACAUCACGUCUCCAAAAGUUUCCCCAACAUCUGUGCCAACCUGUGAUCUCAAUGAGGGCAGAAACUUUCCAGGGUCUUCAAAGGCCUCAAGGAAUAUUUUUGGUCCUUCUGAGGACAUAAUUAUCACUAAUAAAUCCGAUACUAUCCAUAUCCGUCAUGGAGAGGACCAUAUAGCUGUAUCUGAUGUGACCCAUGCAAGUCCGGAAAAUGAAGUAAUGAUCACCAAUAAAGCUGAAGACCUCAUUGGCACUCAUGCAGAAGACCAGAUGCCUGUAUCUGAUGGAACCCAUGCUGAUCGUGGCACAUUAGUCGGCACGGCCACUCAAAGUAGACCAGAUGACCAAGAAAAUUCAGGAAAUAAUGAAGGAAGUGACAAUCACUUUAUGAAGGAAGUGCCUCCCUCCAAGGGUCGGUUUUUGGCCUCUGAGUCCUUCAGCAUGAUUCAGGAGGAGGAGAACGUCCAGGACGUCAGCGUCUUCUCAGUGGGGUCUCUGUCUUUUGUCACCUCUACCCCCGUCCCGGGGUAUAACAAUUUCCUCUUUCAGAAAGCUGAACCGCAAAAUCCGACUGCGCCCCUGGGCUGUGUGAUGGCGCCUCCACACAAGGAUCCAACAGUAGACUGUGCGAGCGCGCAGUCUAAACUGAUGGUGCCCAGGAAUGAAGGUCACAAGCCACAGAACAAAGGGGUACAAGGAACUGCGCCAUACUCCCAAACUACUGGUAUACCCGCUGCACGCCGGGCCCUAUCUCUGUGCCAAAAUCCCACAGGACAAACGAAGGAGCCAAUGACUUCCAAAAUUCCUCCAAGGGGUAUUCCUGUAAGGGGAAGUAUUAGACCUCCACUGGCCCGGUCAGGCUUGCCAAGACCUAAUGGGGGCAACACAAAGCAGAACAUGGAGGAGAAAUCGGGGAUCACGGCACCGAGCAAGCUUGUCGGGAGCGGCCUCAAGACUCUGAAAGGUGCUGCGGCAAAGCCGCGGUCUGGCGCUCUGCAAUCCAAGCCCCCCGGCGCUCCAACCCACCCCCCCUCACAGCUUUGCACCCCGAGCAGCAGAGUGUCGGCGACGCAGAAUGUCACCACCUUUGUACAAGAUCUGACUUCUGACAUAUCCACAGCGCCAUCUACUGGAAUCAAAUCUUUCCUCACCAAGCCGGGAAGUUCCGCUCUACAGCCGCCACUCAACCCGAGCUCCCGGAAAACCUUAUUAAAGCCACAAUCCAGCGUCUCAGAGUAA